AUGGUGAGGCACUACGGCACCUUGGGGAAAUGCGCGAAACACGCUGUCCUAACGCUCUUCAACAAGAGCCUGCGCACUGGCAUCGUCCCACAGAGCUGGAGACACGGGGUUAUAAUCCCACUCCUAAAGCCGGGCAAGAAAGCAACGGAACUGGCGUCAUACAGGCCAGUCACGCUCACCAGUUGCCUCUGCAAACUUAUGGAACGCAUCGUAGCAGCACGCAUUCGUGAUGCUAUAGAGUCAAAGCCCACACCGCAGCAAUCCGGAUUUCGACCAUCCCACUCCACACUGAACCAACUAUUGCACCUUCGAGCGGUAAUGCAUCGACCGACUCCUAAGGACAGAACGGCCGCAGUGUUCGUCAAUUAUGCCAAAACAUUCGAUACAGUCGAUAAUGAUAAAAUCAUACUUGCAAUGCGACGACGUGGCGUACCGCCACACAUAGUGCGAUGGUCGGCAUCCUUCCUGCGAAACAGGGCAGCAGUGGUUCGUGUAAACAAGGUGCGCUCCUCGGCGGUGUCCUUCACGAGAGGUGUACCACAAGGCACGGUUCUUGGGCCACUCAUGUUGAUUAUUGUUAUGAAUUUUCCCAGCCUCCGCCUAGCUGAAGCCCCGCUGUUACGGCACGGCUUCUUCGCGGAUGACCUCACCCUGAUUGCGCGACACAGCGACCGAGAGAUCCUGACCUCCACCCCACAACGGGGACUAAACGUGGUGGCAUCCUGCGCAAUGCAUUACUUCAUGAAAGCCAACGCGACCGAGACGAAGUAUACUUUCUUUGGGACCAAAAGUACGAACCCCGUUGGUCCCUUUAACAACGGCACGCCUGUCACCAUGGAGCGGCUCCCGGCCCCUGCUGGGCAUCACAUUCUAGAACUACCGCGGAAUAAGCUGCCAUGUAGCCCAUCCGCAGCAGCAAAUCAACCAGCGGCUCAUGCAGCUAGCGGCCGUCUCGUCCUGCAGCUGGGGGUCAAAGGGAGACACACUGCGUGCCUUCUACUUGGCCCUCGCGCAGGCCAAAGCAAUGUAUGGUAUAGAAGUACGGUACUGGGACGCAUCACUCACCUCGCGAGCUACUCUUAA